GUGGGGGGGUGGGAGGGACAGGGAAGGGGAAGUAGUUUGACAUGUCGGAGCAUCCUGCGGGACCGGGAUCAUGGUCCAGGUCUGGGUCCGGGGUGCUGAAGCCCGGAGUGGUGCGGCCUGGAGUGAUGCGGCCCGGAGCGGUGCGGCCCAUCGGGGCGGAGGCUCUGGUGGCCCUGCUGGAGGGGGGGCUGGACCGGGUGGUGCUAAUCGACAGCCGCCCCUUCGUGGACUACAACGCAUCGCACAUCCUGGAGGCGGUGAACGUGAACUGCUCUAAGCUGAUGAAGAGGAGGCUGCAGCAGGACAAAGUCCAGAUCGCUGAGCUCCUGCAGCACUCGGCCAAGAAGAAGUUGGAGCUGCAGGGCGAUCAGGAGGUCGUCGUUUAUGAUCAGAGCUCUUCAGAUCCGACUUCUCUCAGCUCCGAGUCUUUCCUCAGUGUCCUGCUAGUGAAACUGGAGAGGAGCUUCCCCUCCGUACACCUGCUCUCAGGUGGGUUCUCUGAGUUCUCCCACCUGUUUCCUGGUCUGUGUGAGGGGAAGUCCACUCUGGUUCCCUCUUGUAUCUCUCAGCCCUGCCUGCCCGUCACCAACAUUGGGCCGACCCGCAUCCUGCCUCACCUGUACCUGGGCUGCCAGAGAGAUGUCCUCAACAAGGAUCUGAUGCAGCAGAACGACAUCGUCUACGUCCUGAAUGCUAGUAACACCUGCCCCAAACCUGACUUCAUCCCGGAGUCUCACUUCUUGAGAGUUCCUGUCAACGACUCGUUCUGUGAGAAGAUCCUGCCCUGGUUGGACCGAUCGGUGGAGUUCAUAGAGAAGGCUAAAGCGUCCAACGCUCGGGUCCUGGUUCACUGUCUGGCUGGAAUCUCCCGCUCAGCCACCAUCGCCAUCGCCUACAUCAUGAAGAGGAUGGACAUGUCUCUGGACGAGGCGUACAGGUUUGUGAAGGAGAAGAGGCCGACCAUCUCGCCCAACUUUAACUUCCUGGGUCAGCUGCUGGACUUUGAGAAGAAGAUCAAAAGUCCUCACGGUACUGAAACUAAACUCAAGUCCCUCCAUCACCCAGACGGCGGCGGUGACGUCCCUGCUCAGCCCGAUGACCUGGAGCCUUCAGCCUGCCAGGAGGCCCCCGCGGGCCCCGGCCUGCCCCUGCUGGAGCCCCUCACCCUGCCUUGUGUUUUAGCUGACGCCCCCGAGGAGCGUCUGCUGGCUCAGGCUCUGAGUGGCCUGCAGCUCGCCGACGGACCUGAAGACAACGCCCGGCUGAAGCGCUCCUUCUCUCUGGACAUCAAGUCGUACGGCGAGCCGGGUGGGAGCGCUUCUCACCGGGUGUUCGUCCCUCACGGAGGAUCAGGAGAUGCCGCAGAGUACUUCAAACCGUCUGGCUUUAAAGAGCCGACCAGUAAACCGUGCCAGUUCUCCCCGGUGGAGGAGGUGUCGGAGCAGUCGACGCCGGAGCAGAGCCCCGACAAGGAGGAAGCCGACGGGCCGGAGCCAGUCGCACCUCCGCCGGCCUCCAGCAGCUUCACCAAACCUCCACCUGCUGCUCCGAACUGUUUGCACCCGUUGCACCGGAGUGGCAGCAUGGAGGAGAACGCCACCAGCUACCUGUUCGGCCUCUCCCGCAGCCAGCAGCAUCUGGCCAAAUCGGCAUCUAGCGGGGCGCUGAAAGGCUGGCACUCGGACAUCCUGCUUGGCCCCGUCACCGUCUCCACCUCCUCCCUGGCUGGCGGUUGGUACCUCUCCUCAGACUCCACCCGCUUCUACUCCACCUCAGCCAUCCUGAGCGGCGGCAACUUCGCGGCCUACAGCUGCAGCCACGGCCUGGAGGCGGUGCGGCGGCGCAGCCGGCAGAGGACAGGCGACCGCGGAGACUCGAGGAGGAGCUGGCACGAAGAGAGCAGCUUCGAGAAGCAGCUGAAGAGGCGCAGCUGUCAGAUGGAGUUUGGAGACGGGAUGACAGACAGCAGGUCCAGGGAGGAGAUGGGGAAGGUGGGGAGUCAGUCGAGUUUCUCUGGCAGCAUGGAGAUCAUCGAGGUGUCCUGAGACUGAUCCUGACAGUGUCACAGAUCUCACACUCAGUCAGGAGGCGUCUGACUGAAGCAGCUUCUGACACGUCAGUGUCGUGCAGAGUAAAACGCGCAACACACAUCAGCCACUUCACUGAGCGUCGUGUCGACUGACAUCACACAGUCAGGAAGAGAUGAUGUCACAAAAUCACCGUAUUGAUCCAAAUAUAGGACUUUCUUUUAAAUCUGGGAAUGAAGUUUGAAAGUUUUAUGAUCUUUUUAAAUGGAGAGAUGAGAGAGAGUGUUGCAUUAUGGGCUGAUUUUAGCCUAAAUGUUGGUUGGCAGAGUGAGUGUGUGAAAGUUAAUCAGCUCUGAAGUCAGUUUGAGCUGCAGGAGUUUCUGUAACGACAGUGUGAGUGUGUGUGUGACUGAUUGUUUUAUGUUUCUGUUCGACCAUAGAAAAGUCUUGCAGGACGUCAGUCGGUGUCUGAGCACGAGUGUGAAAGUGUUUCCCAUCUUUUACAAACAGCUGUUGUUAAAGAGUCUGUCUGAUAAUAAUGAGGUAAUAAUAAUAAUAAGAAUAAUAAUAAUCAGAGUCGUCUUAUAUUCAGUUUAAUAUGGCAGAAGGUGCAGCUCAUCAACAUCACUGACAGACUAGAUCUGCAAACAUCAAACACCAGCAGCUGCUUAAAACUGUCUGAAUUUCUCCUCAAAGUAUUUUAGUAAUGAAAACAACAUCAGAACAAUAAACAGCUCUUCAACCAGAACUGGAAACACUGGUGAAAUAUGUGACUCUAAAUUGUCUGUAGGUGUGAAUGUGAGUGUGAAUGGUUGUCUGUCUCUAUGUGUCAGCCCUGUGAUAGUCUGGUGACCUGUCCAGGGUGAAUCUCACCCAGUGUCAGCUGGGAGAGGCUCCAACACACUCACGACCAUAACAGGAUAAGUUGUUAUGGAAGAUGAACGAAUGAAUCGAUACCGUGGAAAAUAAGUCGGUAUAUUUAACAACACUGUGUCGUAUUAAUGAAAGAUAAUGGAGGUAAAUUCAUCUGUUUAUUUUAAUUAUGGAUCAUCGUUAUGUUUUAAAGGUCGUCACACAGUGCGAAGAAAUCAGUUUUCAAGAUGAAUCAAUAAUUCUCUUAAAAUCCCAUUGUACCUCUGAAUCAGAAUCAAAUCAUGAGGGAGACGGUGAUGUUUUCAGCUCUGGGACAGAAGUCAGGAUGUUUUGAUCUCAGCAGCACAUGAGCGACACGAUGCUGAACAUUUGAUAAAUCAAUCUGUGUCGAUAUGAAGGCGUUUCCGAUGUGUGUUGCAGUAAAAACUUGGACAAAAGAACGACGGACACUUUUACAGACGGACUCUGAGUCUUUGAACAUCUCAUUUGUGGAGAAGCUGCUCAUCGUCUGUUUGGAUCCUCGAACUAAAGCGAAGCUGUGGAUGUUGAACUGGACCUCAGCAGAACCUCACAGAUCCAGAUCCUCACCUUGGUUUAUUGUUUUUUUUUUAUCUGCAGCAGCUCAGUGAGAGGAAACAUCUCAGGUGUGAUCUGAGCUGCAGGAGAACACAACAGGUGACACAGCUCACCUGUGGGAGGAGUCAACAGCAGCAUGUCGGUCUGUGAGACUCACAGACGUGUUCACAGGUAAUCUUGCACUACUGUGGUUUGCAGAAUGGAUUUGAUGAUUAAAAGUGUAUAAAGCAGAAA